UUGCAGCAAACAGUUUAUUCAAAUCGUUUGUCGUUGUCGGACUUUAAAGCCAACGCCGUAUUUUCGUUGAGCAUAGUUGGCGUUUAAGUGCCAACAAAAUCCUUUUUUUUUGAUUAACGGACCCUAACGUAAAGGCCUCGGAUUUAUUUGUGAAAACGUAGCAGUUUACUGUGUCGCUUAAGAAAAAAAGGAUUACCUGUCGACAACAAAAUACACAACAAAAAUGUUGAGAUUUAUCACCCUAACCGCACUCAUUGCUCUGGCAGCAGGUCAAGGAUAUCAUAGCGAUCCCAAGACAGCAGCUAUUAUAAGCGAGCAGCGUUAUCUGUCUGGUGACGGCAAAUUUGGUGCUGCCUACACCCAAGAGGAUGGCAUUAACUUCAAAGAAGAGACCGAUGCUGAUGGUACACGUCAUGGCAGCUACAGUUAUGUAGAUCCAACUGGUCAGAGGAGAACUAUUUCGUAUACAGCCGGCAAAAAUGGAUUCCAAGCAUCUGGUGAUCAUUUGCCCGUUGCACCUCCAGCACCACCACAGCCUGUGCCACAACCCGGCUAUGCACCACAGCCACAAUACCAACCACCAGCAAGCAAUUAUCGCGCCGAUGAUUACGGUGAUGAUGGCUCUUACGAUCCUCGUUACAAUGAUCCCAACUUCAGUCAAAAUCAACAACCCUACCGUCAACCUGCUCCCGCUCCAGCCUACAAUCCACCAGCUCCCGCUUACAAUCCUCCAGCUCCUGCCUACAAUCCACCAGCUCCAGCAUACAAUCCUCCACCACCACAAUACAAUGCUCCUCAGCCCCAAUACAAUCCACAACCCCAACAAUACUAUCAACCCACAACACCCAAUCCCCAUCGUUUUGCACCACCCGGUAAACUCUCUCUGAAUCGUACACCCGAUGGUUUUACAUACAGUUUUAACAAAGUUCGUUAAAUGCCUAGUUGAUAAUGCGUUAAGAGAGUGAUAGAAUGAGUUUUGUUUAAUUUUUUUCAUUUGUAAUAAAUAUUUUAAACAAUUUUUAUUAGUUUAUAUCAGUGUCCCACAAGGAACUACCUUUUUUAUAAUAUUUCUUCUUUUUUAUAAAUUUUAUAUUUCUCUUUCACUCUCUUUCACAUUUUCAUACUCAACCAUUUAGUUGGAGACUCUAUUCACAAUCACUGCCGUUUUCCGUUCCACCACUAUAAUGAUCGCGAUCUAUAACCCAACCUCUCUAUACGUUUCCAUUUUCCAUUACCACUUUGCCCUUCCACCAACCAACUUCAUCCUCACGCAAUGCAUUUUUUAUUUCCUUUCGAACUCUCUUGAUCUUGUGAUAUCUCAAAAAUUGUUGCAACAAUUCUUUUCAGGUUUAAUUUUCCUUUAUUUUAAAUAUUUUUUUGUUUGUUUUAUAAUUUAAAUAACUUUUCCUACUGAACAAAUACUCUCCUGUAUUUCGUAAGAAUUUAUUAUAAAGAACAACAAAAAAACUGUCAACCUCAAGUAUAAUGUGUGUGCUAACAAAAGGUUUGAAUCUUUUUUGAAAAUAGAAAAGUUAUAAUAAAAAUUAAUGAAAUUCAA